AUGGUGACAGUAGAAGGAGAAGUAGAAGCAGUAGAAGCUGGUAUAAUAAGAGAGAUGAAGCUGUCGAGGUCGAUCCGAGUCUCGUCUGGCGAUGCUGAAGAAGAGAAGAAGAAGAAGAAGAAGAAGAAGAAAAGCCAGCGAGGCUGCCUCAACAAGCGCUUUUGGUGGGAAAAUGCGAGCUUGGGCAGACUGCAGCCUCGAAUGUCCUCCUCUUAUACAGCUUCAUCUCUCUCGCUCUCUCUCUCCUUCGCUGCUCUCGCUACUCACUACUCACUCUCUCACUACUCUGCUGCUCUGCUGCUCUAUCUCUACACUACUACUGCCUCUACUCUACUUCUACUAUCUACGAUGUCGGCAAAGAGCAUCUACGAGGCCGACGGCAAGGCCAUCCUCAACUACCACCUCACCCGCGCCCCCGUCAUCAAGCCCUCGCCUCUACCGGCAGCAGACACCCACAACCCGCCCCCAAAGCUCGCCUCGCUCGACUUCCAGCCUGACACCGCCGUCGAGGCCGUCCUCGACCAGGCAGAGGCCACCUACCCUUGGCUGCUCGCUCCCGGAGCCCGCUUCGUCGCAAAGCCCGACCAGCUCAUCAAGCGCCGCGGCAAGAGUGGCCUGCUCGCCCUCAACAAGACCUGGGCCGAAGCCAGAGCAUGGAUAGCCGAGCGGGCUGGUAAGGAGCAGCAGGUAGAGACCGUCGUCGGCGUCCUCAGGCACUUCCUCGUCGAGCCCUUUGUGCCGCACCCGCAGGACACCGAGUACUACAUCAACAUCAACUCCGUCAGAGAGGGCGACUGGAUACUGUUUACGCAUGAAGGAGGCGUGGACGUGGGCGACGUCGACGCCAAAGCUGAGAAGCUGCUCGUCCCCGUCAACCUCAAGCAGUACCCCAGCAACGAGGAGAUCGCGGCCGGCCUGCUCAGCAAGAUACCCAAGGGCCUGCACAACGUCCUCGUCGACUUCAUCACCCGCCUCUACGCCGUCUACGUCGACUGCCAGUUCACCUACCUCGAGAUCAACCCCUUGGUCGUCAUCCCCAACGAGGACAAGACCUCCGCCUCCGUCCACUUCCUCGACCUCGCCGCAAAGCUCGACCAGACCGCCGAGUUCGAGUGCGGCACCAAGUGGGCCAUUGCUCGCUCCCCUGCUGCCCUCGGCCUCGCUGCAACAACCGCCUCGACCUCGUCAAAGGUCACCAUCGACGCCGGCCCACCCAUGGACUUCCCGGCUCCCUUUGGCCGCGAGAUGAGUAAAGAGGAGAAAUACAUCUCUGACAUGGACGCCAAGACCGGUGCCUCGCUCAAGCUCACCGUCCUCAACGCCAACGGCCGCAUCUGGACCCUCGUCGCCGGUGGUGGUGCCUCCGUCGUCUACGCAGACGCCAUCGCUUCGGCCGGACACGUCUCCGAGCUCGCAAACUACGGAGAGUACUCGGGUGCUCCCACCGAGACCCAGACCUACAACUACGCCCGCACCGUCCUCGACCUCAUGCUCCGUGCCCCGCUGCGGCCCGAGGGUAAGGUCCUCUUCAUCGGCGGCGGCAUUGCCAACUUCACCAACGUAGCCACCACCUUCAAGGGCGUCAUCCGCGCCCUCAGAGAAGUCGCCCCGGUCCUCGUCGAGCACAAGACCCAGAUUUGGGUCCGACGAGCUGGCCCCAACUACCAGGAAGGUCUCAAGAACAUCAAGGCCGUCGGCGAGGAACUGCAUCUCGACAUGCACGUCUUCGGGCCCGAGAUGCACGUCUCCGGCAUCGUUCCCCUCGCUCUCAGCGGCAAGACCACCGACAUCAAGGAGUUUGGCUCUUAA